AUGGAAUCAAGCAAAAGAAACAUUUACUCUUUCAACUUUAAAGAUCCCGAUCUAAGAAGCUUACGUGACUUGGUCUCCCAGAUGCACCCGGUAUACAGAAUCAAUUUUGGGAAGAAUUAUGGCAAUCUGCUCAACAUGCUCAACCAACGAGUGGACCAUACAACUUUAGUCACUCUGGCCCAAUUCUAUGACCUACCUUGUUUCACAUUCCAAGAUUUCCAGCUAGCACCAACGUUGGAAGAAUUCGAGCGUCUUGUUAGGAUUCCUAUGAAGAACAAGCCACUGUUUGAAGGGAUAUAUGAAUCUUUGCCCCUUGAGAUCAUUACUAGCACGCUUCACAUGGACGAAAGGGAAGUAAAGGCUAACCUAGAGACCAAAGGGAAUACCAAAGGAUUUUCGCUAAGCUUUCUCUUGGAAAGAGCUCAUACCCUACUAAAGGCAGAAAGCUGGGACGCUUGUUACUUCGCUAUUGCGUUGGCUAUCUAUGGCAUCAUCCUGUUCCCAAAUAUGGAUGGUUUCAUAGACCUGGUUGUUAUCUGCAUCUUCCUCACCGGAAACCCAGUACCCACCUUGUUAGCUGAUGUUUACUAUUACAUGAGCCAUAGGUACACCAAGAAGAAAGAAAUGAUUGCUUGUUGUGCUCCUUUACUAUAUCAGUGGUUUCUUGAGCAUCUUCCAAAGACAGGUGUUUGGGUAGAACAGACAGAUACUAGUUGGCCUCAGAGAUUGGGGUCGCUCCGAUCCGAAGGUCUUUCUUGGUAUUCCAAAGAAUACAUCAACAUGGACAUCAUAUUCAGCUCUGGAGAUUUCCCUAAUCUACCACUUAUUGGAACUCAAGGAUGUGUGAAUUCUAACCCGGUUCUAUCACUAAGACAGCUUGGCUACCCAAUGGAAGGCCCUCUAGAGGCAAGGUUUUUGGAAGCUUUCUUGUUGCUUGGCUUUGGGGUUGAGAAUCCUAGCUUGUUCCAACGAAUCAAAGAGGCUUGGAAGAAUGUCAAUCGAAAAGGGAGAGCUAAUUUGGGGAGAGCUAAUGGGAUUACAAAAGAACCAUAUUUUCAUUGGGUAAAGGAAAGGGUGGAGAUGAUCAAAAUGCCAUUCGUCACUCGGACACCUGUACCUCUUCCUGAACCUAAGCUCACCCAUAUCCCUACUGAAGAAGUGGAUAAACUCAAGAUCACCAUGGCAAAAUUAGAAAGAGAAAAUGAAGAGUUGAAGUUAAAACUCCAACAAGUCAUCAAUGAGAAAAACACCAUAAAGUGGGAGCUUGAGAGAAAGGAUGUACAACUUCAAGCACAUGUGGAAAAGUUUAACAAAGAGGAGCAUAAAAGGAAAAAGAUCAAGGUGCGAUUAGAACAAGCUGACCUUUGUCUAGAUACUCUUAAGGGUCAAUUACGACAAGCCCAGAAGGAAUGUCAGGACAAUGAGCAUUGGUGGCAUCUGGCCAUAAAGGAAAACAAGACGAUAAGAGAUACACUUGGGGCUCAGAUAAAAGAACUCACCAUUUAUGUUCGUCAUGCAAAGGCUGAAGCGGAUCAAGAACGCCGACUCAAAAAUAUAGCCACCGAAGCUUCUAGGGUUUCACCCAUAAUAUGGGAGGAGAAGUGUCGAGAAGUGAGAGACGUAAAAGAGUCUGCCAGCUAUUGGAAGAGCCAGCUAGAGUCAUUACACCAAGACAACUCCAUAUGCUUGAAGGAACGAGAGUAUAUGAUUUAA